AUGAAACAAGAAGUUAUAGAAUCGCCGCCUCCACGGCGCAGCCUCCGCAACAUCAAGCGUGAAGCCAACAUCAACCUCAACAUCAAAGACACAGUUCCAUCAAUCAAAUCAGAGCCCAAAUCCAACAAAUCCGAUCUAUCCAUGUCCAAAAUACCCUUCUCUACGACCAAACCACUUCCUCCACCAAAAUCUCUAGACAAGGCCGCCAUCCUGCAAGCCCGCAAGCUCAAAUCAUUCACGGCUCAUUCUCAAACAUCCCCUUUCCCAGAUUUUCGCCAUCCGACGCCUCAGGAAUGUUCAUUAGCUCAUAACAUCCUCGCAUCUCUCCACGGCGAGCGUAAGCGCCGAGCAGAAGCCAUCGUCGCUCCAAGUACGCGCGCCGGAUGUGGGGAUUCGCCAUCCGUUCUCGAUGCCCUCGUUAGGACAAUAUUGAGUCAGAACACGAGUGAUAGAAACAGUACUCGAGCGAAGCUCGCUAUGGACGAAACAUACGGUGGAAGCGAUAACUGGGCUGCGAUUGUCGAAGGAGGGACAGAGAAGCUGCAGCGAUCGAUCCGGUCAGGUGGUCUCAGCGUGGUGAAGAGUAAAGUCAUCAUGAACAUCCUCCAUCAGACAAAAGCUCGAUAUGGCACCUACUCCCUAGAUCAUCUCCUCCACGCUUCCAAUGAUUCCGCCAUGCGUGAGCUCCUCUCUUUUCAAGGCGUGGGACCCAAGACUGCGAGCUGCGUUCUCUUGUUCUGUUUGCAGCGGGAUAGCUUCCCAGUAGACACUCAUGUAUAUCGCAUAACAGGUCUCUUAGGAUGGCGACCAGCCACGGCGAACAGAGAAGAAGCACAGGCGCAUUUGGAAGCAAAGGUGCCGGAUGAAGACAAAUACGGACUGCACAUCCUGCUGGUCAAUCACGGCAAAAAGUGUGCCGAGUGUCGCGCUGGAGGACGAAAUGAUGGUAAAUGUGCUCUAAGAAAGGCAUUUCGCAAGGGGAAAGUAGACAAAUUAAAGGAGGAGGAAUGCUGA